AUGAACGGCACUAGUUAUUUCCUAUCACUGUUUCAGCACUGCGCACAACAAGUGUCGAGGCUCUACCGCGAUCCCACUUGGAAGUCACUCCAGACAGCUGCUGCGUCUACAACACAACUCUAUAAAAGUUCUAUUGACGUGCAUCGACGUGGAUUUGAGAAGGGUUUCCGAGCUGGCCGCAUAAGUUUGGCAAAGGAGGUGAUGACUGCUUUGACCAGCGGAUCAGCAACUGAUUUAAAUAGUCUAUUCGAAAUGCUUUAUGCAAAUGUUCGUAUGUCUUCUACUGACGAUGGUCAACGUAUGGGUCCACCGCC